GCUGGAUUAAUGCAGCGGUGGGAAAGAACCAGAAUGGAAAGAACGGGACGCUAACGGGAAACGGAAGCCACUCAGGAUUUAACGGCGACCGAAUGCAGCGACGGUGAGCUGUAUCUCUAAAAAAAAACAUCGAUUUAUAUAUUAAGCAAUAAUAUCGCUUCGAGCUAAAAAGGGCAUACAUGAACUAGCCGCGCUGUUUUUGUUCGGAAAGAUGAUUUCUCCGUGGGACAGAUACACGACCAGCUGCUGCCUGUGCUGUCAUGUGCGCACAGGCACCAUCAUCCUGGGCAUCUGGUACAUGCUGAUCAAUGCAGUGGUUUUGUUAAUCCUGUUGUCGGCUCUCAAUGACCCAGUCCAGUACCACUACCACCUCACCAGCUCCGACCUCGGCACGGAUCUGGAUGUCAUGGACGAUGCAAAUAUGUGUAUCGCUGCUGCAAUUUCAUUGCUGAUGAUUUUGAUUUGUGGGAUGGCGACCUACGGUGCAUAUAAGCAACAUGCUGCAUGGAUCAUUCCUUUCUUCUGCUACCAGAUCUUUGACUUUGCUCUUAACACACUGGUAGCGAUAAGUGUUGUUGUUUACCCCAACACCAUACAGGACUAUCUUCAGCAGUUGCCUGGGACCUUUCCAUACAAAGAGGACUUGAUGUCCACAAACAACAUGUGCCUAGUAUUAGCAGUGCUUCUCUUCGUUGGAUGCAUCUUAGCCUUUAAGGCUUACCUUAUUGCCUGUGUGUGGAACUGCUACAGAUACGUCAGUGGAAGAAGCACUACAGAGGUCCUGGUUUAUGUCACCACAAAUGACACUACAGUACUACUUCCACCCUACGAGGAGGCCAUCGCCAUUCCACCGAAGGAUCCCCCUCCUCAGUACGUUUCAGCUUGAGAAUCACACCGCUCUCUUACUACGCUCCUCCCAAACCCUCUCCAAAGAAACACCCUCCGUCACAAUAGCUUAUUCCAUUGCCCCAGUCUCCUGUUUGUCGCUGUGUGAUGUAAGUCUCCUCUCUGGAGGCAGCAGUAUGACUUUGAGACGCCCUUCCCUCGAUGAGGCUGCCCAGCUGUCCUGGCAACCCAAUGCUGUGUGUCAGCUCCAAUCUGAUUUGCACUUUCGGCGAUUAUGUGCGGCACUGGCCUUUUUAAUACUGUGAACUACUCAGUAGUGUUGUUGUCUACUGAUAUACCUGAGAUUCGAAUGCGGCGUGCAUGAUAAACACAGGAGUUAUGAAGAGCACUUUUAAAAUGGGAAUUACCUAGAAAUAUACUGAAUGUAAGAAGCCGGCAUUUUCACUUUAAUUUCGUUGUACUGUACGAAAUAAAAAUGACAAAUUUUUAUUCAGAAUAUAACUAAAUUUGUUGUAAAAAAAAAAUAAAGCAAGCAAUUCUACACCAUUUUAUCUAACAAAGUAAAAUCUUUUAAGUCUUCCUUUAUACACAAUGUCCCAAAACAUUAUGCAGUCACUGAUUAAUAUUCUCUUUUAAUCAAUCAAAUUCUAAUUGUUAGUUUUAGAUGGUUUAGAUGUCGCAAAGGCUGAAUGAUCCUGCUGCUUGGGAACAGUUAUAAAGCUGUAUACACUAAACAUUUGUGAAAAUUUGGUUUAGAUUUGAAACAUUUUAAAGAUUCAUGUAUCAUGGGGGAUCUGACUUCAAAUUAAAGGACUUGUCACUUGUUUACUUAAAAAAAAAGAAAAAAAAAACACAUUUUUCUCAAAUUUUGGUAAUGUAAAUGCAUCUUUAUAGUCAAGGUACUUUGAAUGGAAGUGAAUUGGGCCAAUCUGUUAAAGUUACACAUUUACACGAUUUUAGUGUAAAACAAAAUCACAAUCUUUUUCUGUUACGUUAUGUACCAUUUUACAAUUUAACUCCUAAACCCCUAAAUUGACUAUUAAAAUAGAUUCAUGGGAUAGUUCACCCAAAAAUGGAAAUCCUGUCAUUAACUACCAUGUUCAAGGUCCAGAAAGGUAGAAAGGACAUUGUUUAAACAGUCCAUGUGACAUCACUGGUUCAACCGUAAUUUUACGAAGCUACGAGAAUAAUUUUUGUGUGCAAAGAAAACAAAAAUAUGUAUUGCGUGUCGAAGUCUGACGCGGAAGAGAAGAGAUUGUUGAAUAAAGUUGUUAAUUUUUGUUUUCUUUGCACACAAAAAGUAUUCUCAUAGCUUCGUAAAAUUAAGGUUGAACCCCUGAGGUUACAUGGACUAUUUUAACAAUAUCCUUACUACCUUUCUGGGUCUUGAACGUUUCAGUUGUGUUGCUGUCUAUGCAGGGUCAGAAAGCUCUCGGAUUUCAUCAAAAAUAUCUUAAUUUGUGUUUCGAAGAUGAACAAAGGUCUUAAGGGUUCGGAACGACAUUGUCAAUUAAUGAUUUUUGGGUAAACUAACCCUUUGAACAGCGUUACAGCUCAAAUAAUACACAGGUUUUAAGAGAAAUAUUAAAGUUAGUGCUUUUAUGAAACUAGAAGCUUCACACCUAAAAUCCUUUAAAAAAUGGCCCCAUUCACUUCUAUUGUAGGUGCCUAACCUACCUUAAUUUUUGCUUCUUUUUAAAGAAAACAAGGGACCAGACCAUUUUUGUGGUAGUCAACAUUAUGUCACAAGUGGUGUCGACUUAUCUUGACUUGCAUUGAACCAGACAGUGCUCAGUGAAUAAAUGAGAAUUAUGGGUGUUAGGAAAUCAUUUUUGUCAUUUGGUGAAGUUACACACACCUGUUUAGAGAAGUAGUGUAACUUUUCUGUCAUUAUCACUAGGUUACAAUCUAUGGCUGCAGACUGCAAUAUUUUUGCACAUGUGAAUAUUAUUCAUUCAUGUUAUUGUCUGUGAUGGAUGGUGUGUUAAUCAGUAAUUGUGACAAAUGAAAAGUAAACGAUGUGACCCCGACAGUAGAUUAGCAUGUAGCCGAGUUCAGAUGACAUAGCAUCUCCCCCAGUCAUCUUCUAGCUCAAAGUAGCUUCUGUUAUUGGGAACAUUUUUAAUUUUUAUAUACAGUGGCUAUGCAAGGGUAUUUUGUAACAUGUAUCCAUAGCUGAAAAUGACUAUAUACUUACGUUUAUUCAUCAUGGUAACAUUAGAUAUAGAAGCAUUAAUGAAAGUGUUAGAGAUUGAUAGAUGUAGGAAUUGUCUUUCAUUGUUCUGUGCGUAGACUUUCAUCUUCAGUUGAGCAUCUCCGAAUUAGCUUCAUAUGAAACACAAUUUAAAAAGAUUCUGUGUAUUUGGAAUAUUACUUUUGUAUUGUAUCGUGACCUGUAAUUUCUAUUAUAAUAUUCUCACAAUAUUUCUCAUAAAAAUGAAGUAAUUAUCAGUGGAUAUCACAAAAGGAAUUCUCAGAAACCCAGAACAAUGUCUUGUCAGUAGGUAGGAUGCCUGUGAAUGUUUGUCUUCGUCUUGUUACACAUCCUAACUGGCUUAUGUCUUAUUUCUAAACAAUAAAAUAUUCCAGUAAUGCUUCA